CUGAUGAUGAUGAAGAGGAUGUUGUGAAGGCAGGUUGUAACUGACUGAGCCACCCGAUCAUCGAGCUCAGAGGCGGACACACACUCUCACACGAAUACACACACACCUCGCAUCACUUAUUUACGCUGCGAAACGGUCUCACGGAGUAGCUGCUGACCCCCACCAAUGAUAAAACGUAAUCCGAAAGGAAGAAGGCUGAAUCCGGACAAACAGCGGAGCCUCUCCCCCCCCGUGGCCGCGGAGGGUGCCCACCACCCGGGCCGUCAUCAGCAGCUGGCACCGCAGCGACGGUUAGCGGCUAACCGGCUAUUGCUAGCAGGUUUGACUUUUUUGAUCCAUCACAAUGAUAAACAAGGAGCUUUGUUUCAACUUUACACCUGAACUUUCCCAGUUGUGAUGGAAAGGCACCACUGACUCAAAGAGGGAACAUAAAUCCUGGAUGCCGUGACGUACGGGACGAGGUCAAUCCAAGAUGGAGAAAAAGAAAAUGUGCCCUCGCCUUCUCGACUACUUGGUCGUGGUCGGAGCAAGGCAACCAAGUAGUGACAGUGUGGCCCAGACACCUCAGCUCCUCCGCCGCUACCCGCUGGAGGACCACCACGACUUCCCGCUCCCACCAGACGUUGUGUUUUUCUGCCAGCCAGAGGGAUGCCUGAGCAUACGCCAGCGUAGGGUCAGCCUCCGCGACGACUCCUCAUUUGUUUUCACGCUGACCGACAAAGACUCAGGAAUCACCCGCUACGGAAUCUGCGUCAACUUCUACCGUUCUUUCCAGCGAGGACACCACCGUCCCCGCGGGGACAAGAGUGGCCACUCAGAGACAGCAGCACAGGCGGCCGAGACCGCCAGCGAUGGAUCCGAUGGCAGCGGCGGAGGUCCACCCUCUGCGUUAUCUCCACCUAACAAUGCUGAGUCAGCACCUCCGCCCGCCUCCGGAGAAGAGAGCGAAAAACCAGGCGCCGAGCUGAACGCCGGCAAGUCCCCACAGCACAGACGGAGCGCUGCUAAGAUGGCAGCCAGGAACCGCAACAGCACGCUGACCUCGCUGUGCAUACUCAGCCACUACCCGUUCUUCUCCACCUUCAGGGAAUGCUUAUAUAUUCUCAAGAGGCUGGUGGACUGCUGCAGUCAGAGGCUAACUCAGCGAGCUGGGCUCCCUCGUGCCACCCAGAGGGACACCAUGUGGCGGGUGUUCACCGGGGCGCUGUCUGUGGAGGAGAAAGGCAGCCAGCUGCUGGCGGACCUGCGGGAGAUUGAAUCCUGGGUGUACCGGUUGCUUCGUUCACCAGUACCCGUGGCCGGUCAGAGGCGUGUGGAUGUGGAAGUCCUGCCCCAUGAACUCAAACGUGCUCUCACCUUUGCCCUGCCUGACAACUCCCGCUUCUCCAUGGUCGACUUCCCCCUGCACCUGCCCUUAGAGCUGCUGGGCGUGGACGCCUGUCUUCAGGUUCUCAGCUGCGUCUUGUUAGAGCACAAGGUCAUUCUUCAGUCCAGAGAUUACAAUGCUUUGUCUAUGAGCGUUAUGGCCUUUGUGGCCAUGAUCUACCCUCUGGAGUACAUGUUCCCUGUCAUCCCCUUACUGCCAACAUGCAUGGCCUCUGCUGAACAGCUCCUCCUGGCCCCCACUCCCUACAUUAUAGGUGUACCAGCCAGCUUCUUUCUCUACAAAGCUGAUUUCAAAAUGCCAGACGAUGUUUGGCUUGUGGACCUUGACAGUAGCAAGGUUAUAGCACCCACCAACGCGGAGAUUCUGCCACCUCUUCCAGAGCCUGAGGCAAACGAGCUUAAGAAACAUCUGAAACAGGCCUUGGCCAGUAUGAGUUUGAACACCCAACCCAUCCUGAACCUGGAGAAGUUCCAGGAAGGUCAGGAGAUGCCCCUGCUCCCGCCCGGACGAGAUAAAGCCUCGCCGUCCUCCACAGAGUUCAACCCUCUAAUUUACGGCAAUGACGUUGAUUCGGUUGAUGUAGCCACCAGGGUUGCUAUGGUUCGGUUCUUCAACUCCCCAAAUGUUCUCCAGGGGUUCCAGAUGCACACCCGCACCUUGCGCCUCUUCCCCCGGCCUGUGGUGGCUUUUCAGUCCACGUCUUUUCUGGCAUCUCGGCCACGGCGCUCCUGCUUUGCGGAUAAACUCUCUCACACGCAGGCAGUGGAGUUCUAUGGAGAGUGGGCUCUCAAUCCCACCAACCUCGCCUUUCAGAGGAUACAUAACAAUGUGUUUGACCCCUCCUUAAUCGGAGACAAGCCUAAGUGGUAUGCUCACCAGCUGCAGCCGGUGGUCUAUCGAGUGUACGAUGGAAGCUCCCAGCUGGUUGAAGCUAUGGCCGGUCCACUGGAGGAUGAGGGCAACGAAUCUGACCCCACAGACAGUGGCAGUGACAGUGAAGCGUACGAUGACUCCAGCUCGUCUUAUUCCUCACUUGGAGACCUUGUGAGUGAGAUGAUCCAAGGUGACAUCCAGGGAGACACACCAAGCUUGGACCCGCCCACCCAUGCUGCGCUGGGAGACGCUAGUGAGGUUGAGUUUCAAGACUUCCAUGACUUCAGGGAAGGUCAGGGCUCGGACGGCCCAUCGAGCGCGGACGGACCUGCCGAACCCUCUGAUGGACAACCUCUUCGCUCGAGCUCCAGCACAACUGCAAGCUCCAGUCCCAGCACGGUCAUCCAGGGAGUCAACCAAGAGCAGGGGGAAGCACCUGAAAUUGAAGCGUCAGCAGGUGCAGUUUUGCAGAACCCUGUCUCCGGUUUGGCUGGUCAGCCGUUCCUCAGACCUCCGGCCGAUGCCGGCCUGGCGGACCCUGCCAGCAAAAAGCAAGAGUAUGACAACCCGUACUUUGAGCCUCAGUAUGGCUUCCCCUCAGAGGAUGACCCUGAUGCAGAAGAGCAAGUGGAGUCAUACACCCCCCGAUUCAACCAGAACCUCAAUGGCAACAAGGUGCAGCGUCCUUUACGUCCUUCUAGCCUGAGGCUCCCAGGAGAGUCUGACGGGGAGGGAGACUCCCGCAACAGCUCGCCAAACUCCACCAUUUCCAACAGCAGCAAUGACGGAUUUGGAGGACUCAUGUCCUUUGCCAGUAAUCUUUACAAGAACCAUGGCACCAGUUUCAGUCUGUCCAAUCUUGCUCUUCCCAACAAGGCAGCGAGGGAGAAAACACCUUUCCCCAGUCUGAAAGUAUUUGGGCUAAAUUCUCUAAUGGAGAUAAUUACAGAGGCCGGCCCGGGGAGCGGAGAAGGCGCACGUGCACCUCGAGCACUUGUGGACCAGAAGUCAUCAGUAAUCAAGCACAGUCCAACAGUGAAGAGAGAGUCUCCCUCUCCUCAGGGCCGAGUCAACAACACGAGUGAGAACCAGCAGUUCUUGAAGGAAGUGGUGCAGAGUGUUCUGGAGGGUCAGGGAGUUGGCUGGCUCAACAUGAAAAAAGUGCGCCGUCUGUUGGAGAACGAGCAGCUCCGUGUGUUCGUGCUGAGUAAACUGAACAGAGCCAUCCAGUCGGAGGAAGACGCCAGACAGGAGAUCAUACGAGAUGUGGAGGUGAGCAGAAAGGUGUACAAAGGCAUGCUGGAUAUCUUAAAGUGCACUGUUUCCAGUCUGGAGCACUCUUACACCAACGCAGGGCUCGGAGGAAUGGCCAGCGUCUUCAGCUUACUGGAAAUAGCACGCACACAUUACCAAACCAAAGACCCAGAAAAACGCAAGCGAAGCCCCACAGACAGUGCUGGCAGCCCGGGGAGUAAAGAGAGUCCUUCUGGCCGUAUGGAGACUGCCAGACCUCAGGGCCUCCUGAAUGUCCCCCACCUGCAGCUGCCGCACCACGCAACGGGCAAAGGAGCCCGCCAUUUUGAUACCCGGAGUCUGAACGAGGAGAACUUUAUUGCCUCGAUUGAAUUGUGGAGCAAGCACCAGGAUAAGCAAAAAGCUAUGGAAAAACCACAGAGGUCUGAUGGAGCAAAGCAGCAGCGCCCCCAAGUGACUGAUGCCGAGGAGAAGAAAUCACAGAUCAGUGCCGACAGCGGCCUCAGUGUCACAUCUGGAUCUCAGAAGAGCGACACAGAGUCUGUAACGAGCUCGGAGCCACCAAUCCUGACAAGAAGCACCAGCCAGGACUCAGAGGCCAGCACAGUGAUAAGCAACAGCUCUGGAGAGACUCUGGGAGCCGACAGCGACCUGAGCAGCACAGCAGGAGACGGCCUCGGAGGGAGAGUUGCGGCUCAUUUAACUCAGUCCAGAGGGACUCUGUCUGACAGUGAGAUUGAAACCAAUCCAGCCACCAGCACUGUGUUUGGAAAGACCCACACUCUGAAACCAACUGCAAAGGAUCAUCUACCUGCCAUGGCAAAGGGGCCACCUGCGCAGCCUCUGGAGGACAUCAGCAUGAGGAUUUACCUCUGUGAAGGCCUGCUGGGCCGUGAUAAGAGCUCCGUUUGGGAUCAACUAGAGGAUGCUGCCAUGGAAACCUUUUCUCUAAGUAAGGAGCGCUCCACUCUGUGGGACCAGGUGCAGUUCUGGGAGGACGCUUACUUAGAUGCUGUGAUGUUGGAGCGUGAGGGCAUGGGCAUGGACCAGGGCCCCCAGGAGAUGAUCGAAAGAUACUUGUCACUCGGAGAUCAUGACCGCAAGCGUCUGGAGGACGAUGAAGACAGACUGCUGGCCACGCUGCUGCACAAUAUGAUCGCAUACAUGCUGAUGAUGAAAUUGAACAAAAAUGAUGUCAAGAAGAAAGUGAGGCGUUUGAUGGGGAAGUCCCACAUCGGCCUCACAUACAGCCAAGAGAUCAACGAGGUUCUGGACAAACUGGCCAACAUGAACGGACGUGAGCUGUCCAUCAGGCCCAGUGGAAGCCGCCACAUCAAGAAGCAAACAUUCGUUGUACAUGCUGGCACUGACACCACCGGAGACAUCUUUUUCAUGGAGGUUUGUGAUGACUGCAUAGUCCUGCGCAGCAACAUCGGCACAGUUUACGAGCGCUGGUGGUACGAGAAGCUCAUCAACAUGACUUACUGCCCCAAGACCAAGGUGCUGUGUCUCUGGAGACGCAACGGCCAGGAGACACAGCUCAACAAGUUCUAUACCAAAAAGUGUCGUGAACUCUACUACUGUGUUAAAGACAGUAUGGAAAGAGCUGCAGCAAGACAGCAAAGCAUUAAACCAGGUCCGGAGUUGGGCGGAGAGUUUCCGGUGCAGGACAUGAAAACUGGCGAAGGUGGACUGCUGCAGGUCACACUGGAAGGAAUCAACCUUAAAUUCAUGCACAGCCAGGUUUUCAUAGAGCUGAGUCACAUUAAAAAGUGCAAUACAGUGAAGGGAGUCUUUGUCCUGGAGGAAUUUGUUCCUGAAACUAAAGAAGUGGUGAUCCACAAGUACAAGACCCCCAUGGCACAUCAGAUCUGUUACUCCGUCCUCUGCCUUUUCUCCUACGUGGCGGCAGUGAAGGGGAAGGAGGCGGAAGGAAAACCCAAGAUUCUGUCACCGAGACCCCUUCCUAGCUAGUCUAUGCCCCGUGCCCCCCCACCCCACCCCGCCUCCCUCACCUCCACCCCCGUCCUAGGAGUGCCUCGGUAUCUCAGCUCUAAAACCCCACAGACUUCUGACAAUCCCUACGUUUAUUCUAAGCACACGAUCCCCGCUCCCUUCCCUCUUGUAUAUACAAGCCUCAGACCCUUUUUAGACCCUGUCGUGUAGACGUGUUUAGUCUGUGAUGUCGUGUAAAUACUUCCUCAUCGCCGUCGUCCCUAUGAUCAUACCAACUAGCUAAAUGUUUGCCUGCUCCUUAACUCGGGAGAAGUGACUCCCCGCGAGCUCUCCUCCUCAGUGUGAAGACCCAACUGUUUUUACCGAUAGGAGAUGUGAGGGAUUGCAGCCGAAGGCACAGAGUGCAUGCAGGUCCCGUGCACAGCCUUGACAUUCACUACAGAGUAGCCCCCCCCGCCUCCAUUCGACUGUGUGAGUUAUUCUGUGAUACGUGGUUACUGUAAAGUUCCAGUCUGUCCAAGUUUAAACUGGUGAAACAUCCAGAGACCCUGUUGUCGUGCAGGAUGUCCCAUACUGAAAAACGCUACUGUAUACUGCACCAGAGCACCGCAUGUAAACGCUUCUUAAAAGUGUUUGAACCCCAAAAUUAUGUGAGUGUUCGCAGAUGUGUUCUCUUGCCCUAGAUCGAAUUACUGUUCUAGUUCUACUGUAAAAUCUCUCGUCUGUGGUCUGCUGUUAUUAAUUGCAUGUUACUAUGAUGAUGAAAAAAUAAAUAUUAUAUAUAUUUCUAUAUAUAGUAUUUAUUUAAUAUAUACAAAUAUUGACUGUACAUUUCUCUGGAAAAAUAAUGUUACAAAUUGUUGAUUUGCUAGAUGUGCAAUACUUAAUGAGUAGUUAGCCAUUGCCAGAGCCAUGUUUUUUGAGUUACCUGGCUUUCACAGGGUGAAGAAUGUAAGAGAGAACUUUUUUUUUUCUAUAGUUCAUAUUGAUUGAAGUGAAUAUGAUGAAUUCAGUUUGACUGUGUGGAGUUUGUCUUUUAAAGGUAAAUCAACCAAUCACAUGUGGUUUAAAAAAAAAACAGCUGCUGUGUUGCUCUCUGUGGUGCAAACUUUUAGAGCAUUUUGCACUCAGGCCACGCCCCAAUCUGUGACGCUGUAACAGGUGUGUUAAACGACAGCAGGUGGUGGAGCUGCUGGGUUGAACUUCAGAGAGGGUAAAGUACGUUUUUCCAUUCAGAUUCAGCCUCUAAAAGCCAUAUGAAAUGUUUCUCUGACAGUCUAAAGUGUUUGUGAUGCUGUUGAUUCAUGUUUUGUUUUUAAUUCUAGUCGCUAUAGCAAUUAUGUGUCGUUUCUGUGCUGAAUUGAAAUUAAGUGGAAACCAAACGUACCUGGUUCACACCAGCCUUUCGCCACAGUGUGUAGUGUGUGACUGCAGGGGGCACUGUUGCGUUGAUGCUUUCUACAAGUGGUUGUUAAAGAGUGCUGCAGGGAUGACGUGUUUUUGUUGGCCAAAAGGGGGGUUUUAGCAGUAGUGGUAUAAAAAGCGACAAAGUACAUCCCAGGAUGAGCCUGCUGUGAAUGAAUGACUUCGAGGAACCUAUUUUUAGACUUUUUUUGUUGCUUUUUGAAUCUGUUUAUGCAACAAAACCACUUGGUUUUAGGUCAAAGUUUUGGGUCAAAAUAGACUGUGUUCAAAGGUUUUAAGGCAGAAAACCCUGAAGGUUAACCUCCCCUGUAUUUUUUUUAUUUUUUUUAUUUCCAGGUACAGGGUCAAAUGUUCCUGUACCUGGAAAUUCAAAAAAUAUUGUCAUUACCAUCUCAUUGGCCUUUAUAAAGUCUGAAUGAGACCAGAAAGAAAUCUGUGCAAAAGCAGAAUAAAUAAUUAUAAUUUAGAAAAAUUUGACUUGGAGACUUAAACAUAAUUCAUUAAGAGCAACCAGUUGUAGACAGUAUGACUACAUUCAUGCAACAAUGCCUCCUGCAAUCACACUGAGGUCAAUCUCUGAACCCAUCAGUCUGAAGACCAUUUAGCCUCUUGGUGAUUAUUUGCAGUUUACAGUUUGAUUCACAACUGGAGACACGAUAAUCAAGUUGGAGUUGAGAGAAGAUGUUUACGACCAGAUCGCUUCUCUGUAUAUGGAUGAAGAUAUAUUUUUAAAAAAGCUAAAUCAUCAUUGAAACAGUAGACAAUGGGUUCAGAAAUGCAUUUUCAACCAAUGCAUUUCACCUCUUUUGCACUCCAAACGGACUGUUCACCUGCAGUCAACCAAAUCCCCCUGAAACAUGGUCGGUCAAUACGAAUGGGACUCCAAACGGAAACCAGAAUGCUUCAGAAACCAAACUCCAGUCCCUCGAUGACGCUUGGCUGCUACUACAGAUUCAAUUGUUAAGUUGGAAAUUACAAUUAGCAUUUUAAGCUAUUUUCUGACAGAAUUUGACUAAAGUUUAAAAUUUGUUAUGUCCGACCAUAGACUGUAUUAAAGUAAUUAACACUGUAACGCAACCUACUGGUCUGUGGACUCAGGUUUAAAGCCUCAAGAUUGGCAUUUUGUGAUUGGCUUCACCUUUCAGACCUGGAGGUUGCCACUUAGUUAAUUGAAAAACUCUGGAUUCUUGGUCACAGAACAUGGUGUAACACCAGGACUGUUUAGUCAGGUUUAAAAGUAACCGCAUGUUUUCACGUCACAGAUUGGGUUGUGCCUAAAGUACAAAAUGGUCCAAACUGUCAAACAGCAGUUUUCUGUCCUGUGGUUGAUCUUUCUGACGUGUUGAAGCCUGACAGAGAAGAUCCGAAGAGUCUUAAUGUUGUUUUUCUGUUCUGUGAUAGUAAAGAACAGUUGAAUCUGGUCCUAUCGCAUUUGCUGGCCCAUUAACUUUCACAAUAUGUGUGUGUGUGCGUGCGUGCUUGUGUGUCUAUGUGGUGAACAGUUUCUUCAGAUCAGCAAUAUAUCGGUACAGCUAAUAUCACUGGAAGGUGUUUUUUUAAUUCUGACAUGCUUGUAUUUUUAGUGAUUUAACUUUGCGAAGAGUUCAGAAUAGGCUGUUCCACCCACGAUUAAAACGCCACGUGUUGGUGUAAAUGAGACCGAAGUCGAUCUGACGCAGGUCUAAAACUGGUUUGGGAACACAGCUCUUUAAGGUUAAAAGGACAUUAUGUUAAACUGGAGUAUUACAACUCUGUCAUUGUACGAGCAGGCUGAUGUAAUGAGAGGGAGUAAAUGAGAUGCCAGGUGUAAGUAUUCCUAUUUAUAGAAUAUGUACAGCUUUGGCAAUAUAAUAAAGUUAUCGCAAAUAAA